AUGGGACAAACUGUCUCUACCCCCAAAAGUUUAACUUUGCAGCACUUCAAGGAAGUCCGUGACAUCGCCCACAAUCUCUCAAUGGAAGUGCGAAAAGGAAAAUGGGACACCUUUUGUUCAUCUGAGUGGCCAACCUUUAACGUGGGCUGGCCACGAGAUGGCACCUUUAACCUAGAAGUUAUUUUGCAGGUGAAAGCAAAGGUCAUGGAUUCUGGACCCCAUGGACAUCCUGACCAAGUCCCAUAUAUCAUCACGUGGGAAUCUCUGGUCAAAGAUCCCCCAUCAUGGGUAAAACCUUUCCUUCCCCCUUGCCCAAAACCUACACCGUCCGCUCCCUCCCUUCCUCCUCCACUGAUUCCGACCCCGGUUAACUCCGCCCUUUACCCGGCCCUCACAAAAGCGGUACCGGCGGAGACCUCCGGACGUAAAAAGAUAUCUCCGGUGCUGCCGGCAGAUGAGGGCCCCCUUCUAGACCUUCUAACUGAACAACCACCCCCUUACCGGGGACCAGCCCCCGCCCCUGAACAACAGGCGGGGGCUGCCGGGCAGGGGUCACCGGAAGAACCCGCCUCGUCACCGGAAGAACCCGCCUCGUCUCCGGUGGCAGGGCGGUUACGAGGGCGCCGGGAGGUCCCUUCCGGUUCUUCCUCCCAGGCUCUUCCGUUGCGGACGGGGCCUGACCGUCAACUCCAAUACUGGCCCUUUUCUGCCUCUGACUUAUAUAAUUGGAAAAAUAAUAACCCUCCUUUCUCAAAGGACCCGUCUAGGUUAACAGCUCUCAUUGAGUCCAUUCUAGUGACUCAUCAGCCCACCUGGGAUGACUGCCAACAGCUGCUCCAGACGUUGCUGACUACGGAGGAGAAACAACGAGUCAUCUUGGAAGCCCGUAAACAUGUUCCAGGAGAUGAUGGAUUACCUACUCAGUUGCCCGAUAGAAUAGACGCUGCUGUCCCCUUAGAGCGACCUAACUGGGAUUUCUCCGCUGAGCGCGGUAGGGAACACCUACGUCUUUAUCGCCAGUUGCUCUUAGCGGGUCUCCGAGGGGCUGCUAGACGCCCUACCAAUUUGGCCCAGGUUAAGUUAGUGACUCAAAAGCCAGAAGAAUCCCCCACUGCUUUCCUAGAACGACUUAAGGAGGCAUAUCGUAUGUACACUCCAUAUGAUCCAGAGAACCCAGAUCAGGCAACCAACGUGGCCAUGUCUUUCAUUUGGCAGUCCGCCCCAGAUAUCAGAAAGAAGUUAGAAAGACUAGAAAACUUAAGAGAAAGUUCGAUACAGGACUUGUUAAAAGAGGCAGAGCGGAUUUUUAACAAGAGAGAAACACAGGAAGAAAGAGAUGAGAGGCUAAGAAAAGAAGCAGAAGAGAGAGAAAAUAUGAGAGAACGUAAGAGAAAUAGAGAAUUCAGUAAGUUGUUGGCCACCGUAGUGACAGGUCAGAGACAGAAUAGACAGGACCUGGGAGAUCGAAAAAGCCAGAGCCACCCAUUAGAAAAAGACCAAUGUGCUUACUGUAAGGAAAGAGGUCACUGGGCCCGCAAUUGCCCGAAUAGACCAAGGGGGCCACGUAAACCCCGGCCACAAACCACCCUGCUCAACCUCGAAGAUUAGGGGGGUCAGGGUCAGGAGCCCCCCCCUGAACCCAGGAUAACCCUCAACGUGGGGGGCCAACCUGUCACCUUCCUGGUGGAUACCGGAGCUCAACACUCGGUACUCACCACAUCUCCAGGACCCCUGUCUGAUAGGUCUGCGUGGGUCCAGGGGGCUACUGGAGGAAAAAGAUGCCGCUGGACAACCGAAAGAAAAGUACUACUCUCCACCGGUAAGGUGACUCAUUCUUUCCUACAUGUACCUGAUUGCCCUUACCCGUUGCUUGGGAGAGACCUAUUAACCAAGCUCAGAGCACAGAUUCAUUUUGAAGGGACUAAAGCCCAUAUUACGGGGCCACAGGGGCAGCCGUUACAUGUACUGACCUUAAACCUGGAAGAUGAAUACCGGUUAUAUGAGCUUGAGGGGCCUCUGGCCAAGAACAUAUCUGACUGGUUAAACAACUUCCCAUCUGCUUGGGCAGAAACGGGAGGAAUGGGGCUGGCCACCCAACAGCCACCCCUAAUUAUACCCCUCAAAGCAACUACAACUCCAGUAUCCAUCAAACAAUACCCUAUGUCUCAAGAGGCCUACCGAGGAAUUCGGCCCCAUAUUAAAAGACUCUUAGACCAGGGAAUUCUGACCCCCUGUCAGUCUCCCUGGAAUACACCCCUCCUUCCAGUCAAAAAGCCUGGCACGGGCGAUUAUCGCCCUGUGCAAGAUCUAAGAGAAGUCAACAAACGGGUAGAAGAUAUACACCCAACAGUCCCUAACCCAUAUAAUUUGCUGACUGGAUUACCACCAACCUAUGUAUGGUACACGGUCCUGGACCUCAAGGAUGCAUUCUUUUGUUUAAGGCUUCAUCCACAGAGCCAGCCCAUUUUUGCCUUCGAGUGGAGGGACCCAGAGUUGGGACUAUCGGGGCAACUCACCUGGACUAGGCUCCCACAGGGGUUUAAAAACAGCCCCACCUUAUUUGAUGAAGCGUUACACCGGGAUCUGGCCGACUUUAGGGUUCAAAACCCUGCCUUAAUCCUACUUCAAUAUGUAGAUGAUCUCCUCCUGGCUGCAGAGACUGAGGAAAAAUGUAGAAAAGGAACAAAGGCCCUCCUAGUCACCCUGGGAACUCUAGGAUAUCGGGCCUCGGCUAAAAAGGCCCAAAUAUGUCAAAAGCAGGUUACGUACCUGGGUUACCAGAUUAGGGAUGGACAAAGAUGGUUAACAGAAGCACGAAAACAGACAAUCCUGAGUAUUCCAGUGCCUAAGAGCCCAAGACAGUUGAGAGAGUUCCUGGGGACGGCGGGGUUUUGUCGGAUCUGGAUCCCAGGGUUCGCAGAGAUGGCUGCACCGCUCUACUCACUUACAAAACCAGGUACCCCCUUUACCUGGGAAAAUGAACAACAAGAAGCCUUUACGGCUAUCAAAAAGGCCUUAUUAACUUCCCCCGCAUUGGGACUUCCUGACUUAAAUAAGCCCUUUGAGCUAUUCGUUGAUGAAAAACAAGGCUAUGCAAAAGGAGUCUUGACCCAAAAACUGGGACCCUGGAAGCGCCCAAUUGCCUACCUGUCUAAGAAACUUGACCCGGUGGCUGCAGGAUGGCCUCCCUGUUUGAGAAUGGUCGCAGCAAUUGCUCUCCUAACUAAGGACUCUAGUAAGCUAACUAUGGGACAACCAAUAACAGUUCUGGCUCCUCAUGCCGUGGAAGCCCUGGUUAAACAACCUCCGGGUCGAUGGCUUUCCAAUACCCGUAUGACCCACUACCAGGCCCUACUGCUGGACACUGACCGCAUACACUUUGGUCCGGUGGUAGCCCUCAACCCGGCAUCAUUACUCCCCCUAUCGGAGAGUCCAGAAACUCAUGACUGUCUCCAGAUACUUGCAGAGGUACACGGCACUCGGCCUGACCUAACCGAUCAGCCCCUGCCCGAUGCUGACUUCACCUGGUAUACCGACGGGAGUAGCUUUCUGGACAACGGAGAACGAAGAGCAGGGGCUGCGAUCACCACUGAGACUGAGGUAAUUUGGGCUAAGGCUCUACCACCCGGCACCUCGGCACAACGGGCCGAACUCAUCGCCCUGACUCAGGCCCUCCGAAUGGCAAAAGGUAAGAAGCUCAACGUUUAUACCGAUAGCCGCUAUGCCUUUGCCACUGCACAUAUUCAUGGAGAGAUAUACCGGAGAAGGGGACUAUUAACUUCAGAAGGAAAAGAGAUUAAAAACAAGACUGAGAUAUUAGCCUUGCUUGAGGCAUUAUUUUUGCCUCUAAAGCUGAGUAUCAUCCACUGUCUGGGUCACCAAAAGGGAAAUAGCCCUGAGGCUCGAGGCAACCGUCUGGCAGAUGAGGCUGCCAGAAAGAUAGCACAACAAAAAGACUUUACAAUCUCUCAGACCCUGACAAUAAAGAAAGUAAAGCGAGGGUCUAUUCUUCAAUAUAGCCAGGAAGACCAAAACUUACUCAAAGAAAUGGGGGCCACCUACCUGCCUGAAACUCAAAAGUGGAUAUUUAGAGGAAAACCAGUGUGGCCCCAACGUAUGACUUAUUAUUUGAUUGACCAACUUCAUAAGCUAACCCAUCUGAGUCACAAAAAGAUGAAAACCCUCCUUGAAAGGGAGGAGGACACCCACUAUCUGUUGGGAAAGGACAAAAUUUUACAACAAGUUGCUGAGAGGUGCACCGCGUGUGCACAAGUUAAUGCUGGACAAAACAAGGUGGGUUCCGGGGUCAGAGUGCGAGGGCACCGACCCGGGACUCAUUGGGAGAUUGACUUCACAGAGGUCAAGCCUGGACUAUAUGGAUACCGCUAUUUGCUGGUGUUCAUGGACACUUUCUCCGGAUGGGUAGAGGCUUACCCUACCAAACAUGAAACUGCAAAAGUUGUCACCAAAAAGCUGUUGGAAGAAAUCUUCCCCAGGUACGGUAUGCCACGGGCGUUGGGCUCCGACAAUGGCCCUGCAUUCGUCUCCCGGGUAAGUAAGUUGGUGGCCACAUUACUGGGGAUCGAUUGGAAAUUACACUGUGCAUACCGCCCCCAGAGCUCAGGACAGGUAGAGCGUAUGAAUAGAACAAUUAAGGAGACUUUAACUAAAUUAACGCUUGCAACUGGCGAGAGAGACUGGGUGACCCUCCUUCCCUUGGCGCUAUAUCGGGCCCGAAAUACUCCUGGCCCUCAUGGACUUACCCCCUUUGAAAUCCUCUAUGGUGCCCCUCCCCCAGCUGUUCAUUUCCUAGAUUCUGAUAUAGGUGGCUUCGCUAACUCUCCUUCCCUUCAGGCUCAUCUGCAGGCGCUUCAAAUAGUACAACGAGAAGUGUGGAAGCCUCUGGCAGCUGCAUACCAAGAACAACUAAACCAACCUGUGGUACCACAUCAAUUUCAGAUCGGGGACGUGGUCUGGGUGCGACGACAUCAGGUCAAGAACUUGGAACCGCGCUGGAAGGGGCCCUAUACUGUACUGCUGACGACACCUACAGCCCUAAAGGUAGACGGCAUCGCCGCCUGGGUCCACGCCUCCCACGUCAAAGCCGCCGCCCCCGAGGACCAGCUCGACAACCCGGACUCGAAAGCCAGAUGGAAACUUCACCGCACUCAAAAUCCACUAAAGAUAAGAUUGACUUGUGGGGAACCCUAAUAACCUUGUGUUUCACUUUGAGUCUAAAAAUAGCCUAUGCGUCCCCACAUCAGAUUUACAACUAUACUUGGGUCAUUGAAAACCAGGCUGGAGAUAUAGUUAUGACAAGCUCCUCUAUUGGGGCCCAGCCCCAUUGGCCAGAUUUAGAAGUGGAUCUCUGUGCCCUCGCCCUUGGAGCAGAUACCGACUGGGCAGUUUCCGAUAUCUUCUGGCCUCCUCCUGGGGGCCAAGCACCUGAACGAAUCACCCCAGGACGGGCCACCAACCCAAGCUGUGUUAAUUCAGUUGGGAGGGCCCUUUUACGGGGUCCCCCUGGCAGUGGGGUAGGGGGAAUUUAUAUAUGCCCUGGCACCCAUAGAAAUAGAACUCUUAAUCAUAAAUGUGGAUGGGCAGAUCAACAUUUUUGUGCUUCAUGGGGCUGUGAAACUUCGGGGGACACUUAUUGGAAACCCUCCUCCUCCUGGGACUACAUUACGGUAAAAAGAAAGACCUGGGAAAGCUGGGGGGAGUCUGCCCCCCUUAAUACGUUCCUCCAGGUAGUUGAGUCAGGGGUAUGUAAACCCCAGGGAAAAACCAAAGGAUGGUGCAAUCCCCUGUUGAUUCAAUUUACUCCGCAAGCCAAACAACAGAUUUGGACUUCCCAGGGUUUCAGUUGGGGCCUUAAGGUUUAUAAAGAUCGAAAAGAUAUAGGUCUCACUUUUAAAAUUAGGCUCCAAAAGACUUUACCGGCUACCAAAUCUGUGGGCCCCAACUUAGUCAUAUCAGAUCAGAAGAGGCCUUCUCAACCAAGACCUCUACCCCUAUGGCCAAUAACCCCAAAUACUUCUGUUACUUCCCCUGGACCCACCACCGUGGGCCCCACCAUGCAACCUUGGAAGCCUGGGUCAGGAGACAGACUCCUUAAUCUAGUGACAGGAGCCUUUCAGAUACUGAAUCACUCUGAUCCUGGCAGGACCCAGGAAUGUUGGUUAUGCCUGGUUUCAAUUCCACCCUAUUACGAAGGAUUGGCCAUAAUGGGUGAUUUCUCUAACUAUACUAGCCCUCCAGUAAACUGCUACCCCUCUGCCCAACAUAAACUAACUCUGUCUGAGGUAUCAGGGCAGGGACUUUGUGUCGGAACAAUACCUGCUGCUUAUCAACAACUUUGUAAUUCUACUACCAAUGUAAUCCCAGGAGAUUACUACCUGUCCGGUCCAAAUGGUACCUUUUGGGCAUGCAAUACCGGCCUAACCCCCUGUAUAUCGGCUAUAGGUUGGAAUGCUGGUUCUGACUUUUGUGUUCUCAUUGAGUUAUGGCCUAAAAUAGUAUAUCAUGAACCUGACUAUGUUUACAGACACUUUGAGGAGAGAGUUCGAUAUCGCAGGGAGCCUGUGUCUUUGACUCUGGCAAUAAUGCUGGGGGGACUGACAGUCGGAGGCAUUGCCGCCGGAAUUGGGACCGGAGCCACCGCUUUAACAGCAACUACCCAAUUCCAACAACUACAGCAGGCUAUGCAUACCGACUUACAGGCCUUAGAAGAGUCAGUAAGUGCUCUAGAAAAAUCCUUAACCUCACUGUCAGAGGUAGUUUUACAGAACAGGAGGGGGCUAGACAUCCUCUUCCUACAAGAAGGAGGAUUAUGUGCAGCCCUAAAAGAAGAAUGUUGUUUUUAUGCUGACCAUACAGGCGUAGUUAGAGACAAUAUGGCCAAGCUUAGGGAAAGACUUAGUCAGAGACAAAGACUUUUUACAGAGGGACAGAGCUGGUACGAAAAAUGGUUCAAUAGAGCCCCCUGGUUUACAACCCUCGUUUCCUCUCUCAUGGGCCCCUUAAUCAUAAUCCUCUUGAUCUUGUUAUUCGGGCCUUGUAUUCUAAACCGGCUAACCCAGUUCAUAAAAGACCGGCUCUCUGUCAUACAAGCGUUGAUGUUAACCCAACAAUAUCAUCAGCUCAAACAACAAGAGACAGAAGUUGACUCUUCCUAGGCCCGAGAAUGGAAGAUUCCAUUCUAAGUUUAAAGGAAAUGGGGGAAUGAAAGAUCCAGCUUCACCCUGAG